AUGUCUUUGAAUUUCUUACCUGGACGACCAAAUGAUACAAGACAAACAGCUUGUCAAGGUUAUUGGCAAGGUCAUACCAUUUUUGCAUACUGCUCAGGUAAUAAUCUAAUCAUAUUAACUAACGCUUUUACUAAUUUGCAGACUAUUUACUUAGAUAAAGAUUGCCUGGCUGUCGAUAUUAAUUCAAAUAAUGGGUUCAUUGCGAUCUCCGUGGAUAAUAAUCAUGUCUACAUAUACAAACCUAUCUACCAGAUCAUGAAAUCACCGAAAUGGUCAAAAUGUUGUCAAAUUUAUCACGAUCCAUCAAGAGUAAAUUGUAUUAAAUGGGGUGGGGACAACGAGUUGAUCUUAGGGUCUGACUAUCUUUCAUUUUGGAAAGUGAUGGAUCAUUUCGGUGUCUUCGAACCCGUUUUACUUUGGAAUAAAAGGCAACCGAAACCUGUGUAUCAGAUAGAUAUCACCAAUAAUUCUCAAUUGAUUGCAAGUUAUGGGAAAUACGAUCAUACCGUUAAACUUUGGAAAAGAAUAUCCAUAAGUGGUGAUCAAGUAAUUUUCACUUUGAUUCUAUUACCUCAUCCUGUUUCUGUCACUUCAAUCUACUGGAAGAAAAUGAAUUACAAUUAUCUUGAUAACAAUACCAGUGGUAAUGAUAAUGAUAAUAUACAAGAACAACAACAGCGACUGCAGCAAGUUGAAAAUAACUGUUAUCUUUUGUACACUUUAUGUUCUGAUAAAAAAUUAAGAGCUUGGUUAUGCUUAGAAGAUGAUCCUGCUCAUUUAAAGAUACAGAAUUGGACAACUUUAACGUUAAAUGAUACAACAAAAUAUUGUUUAAUUUUAGAUAAUUGGAUUAUUAAAAAAAUAUAUUUUAAUAAUAAUACUAAGCAUGACAAAAAAGUUAACCUUAAUUUGAAGAUGUUUUUAAAUUCAGAUAUCAUAAUGUUUGGCAGUGAUAACGCAGAUGAUUGUUUUGAUAUUUAUGAACUAAAUUAUAAUAAUGGUGUUACAGAUAAUAUGGGCAGUAAUAAUCAAUGGCCACUGAAUUUGAUAAAAAAUAAGUUACAAUCAAGAAAAAUCAUUCAUCCAUCCCUAUUGAAUUCAAUAAAUCACACGUUUUUAUAUUUUGCAGAUUUGCAACCGUAUGAUGAUAGUAAUACUGAUGUGUCAUUAAUUAUUCACGAUCUACAAGGUGUUAUUAAACAAUCUUUAAUAAAUAUACCAGAAUUUGUAGAUCAAGAAUUUUCAGUAAAUAAUUUUCAAGAUUCAGUAGCAGUGGUCCAUUUAGAGCAUAAAUUUACUGGCCAUAAUAAGUCAAUUCAAAGACUUAUUAGAAGUAGCGAUGGAGAGGCUCUGUUAACUAUCACAAGAUUCUCAGAGAAUUGUGUAUGGACACCACAGCAGUUAGGUUCAAAUGGUGGUGUCACUUUGAAUCUAAAGAAUUUUGUUAAAACUGAGACUCCAAUUAAACUGGCUGUCAUACAUGAAAAGGGUAAUCUAAUGAUUUGUCUACUGGAAAAUAAUAAAUUACAAGUAUGGGAUUGUUCUUGUAAUAGAAAAAAUUUGGAAAAUGAUUUCAAUGACUCCAUCUUGAAGGAUUCUUAUCAACUUGAUGAUGAUAGUGAUCUUUGCUCCCCAUUAUUAAUGUUAAAUACACCUGAGACACAUCAUAGUCAUGAACAUCAUUUUGUAGCAAUUAUUUAUUCAGAUGGUUCCAUUAAAGGGUUUGAAAUAUCUUUGCAGAGAGGUAUAGAAAAAGUUACAUCAGAUUCUUUACCCUUUAUUAAAAAUGGUGAAAACAGAUUAUACAAAAUAUCUAUUAUUGAUCCAGUUCAUUCUACAUUUGUAAGUGAUAGACCAUUGAUAUCUUUCAUUACAAAGGAUGGUUUUGUAGAGACUUAUACAGCAGUUGUUGACUAUGAUAAUAAACAUAUUAUAUGGAAGAUAUCGUCGCAAUUAAAUACUGGGAUACGAAAUGCACAAUUUAUUAGAGGUUCUUCGACUGGAAAGCUGUGUAUUGUUAGCUCAGAUUAUAAAUCUAUGUCACUUUGGGAUUUAAAUAGAGGAAUCCUGGAAUAUGAAGAGUCCUUCCAAGAUCAGAUUAAAGAUAUUGAUUGGACGAGUACAGAAUUGGGUCAAAGCAUUGUGGCAAUUGGAUUCAUUGCAUACUCUUUAUUGUACACACAGUUAAGAUACGAUUAUACUAAUAAUAUUCCUAGUUAUUUACCUAUAGAAAAGAUAGAUAUUACUUCACAUACAGCACAUAUAAUCGGUGAUUCCAUAUGGAUGAAAAAUGGUACGUUUGUCGUAGCAUCAGGUAAUCAGUUAUAUAUAAAGGACAAAUUGUUAGAUGUCUCUGAUGAUUUCACACAUAGAUCCAUUGGUUCAAGAAAAAUUCUGUCUAAUGAUAUAUUGCAUUUAAAUAGUGUUCUUAAUGGUCCACUACCUGUUUAUGAUCCGCAAUUUUUAAUCCAAGCUAUCUAUUCAAAUAAGAUAGAAUUGGUUAAGGAGAUAUUAUUAAGAUUAUUUGUGAAGUUACGAGAAAUCGAUUUUAAAUCUAUGGAUGUUACUACUAAUUUACCUUCAGAUUUAAAUAUUCCGAGUCAUAAAUUUUUGGUAGAUAAAGGUGAACAUUAUGAUGUAGAAAAAUUCCCUGAUCCAUAUCCUACAUUUGAUAAGACUGUGGGUGUUUCUUUAACAGAACAAUUGACUAGAAUAACUCUUCCAUAUAUAACACGUCAUCAACAAAUAACGUUGAUAACAGUUAUUGAAGCGAUGGAAGAGGUGGUUAAAUACCAACACAUUAUGGAUCAUAAUGGUAUUAGAUUCUUAUUGGGGGUGAAAUUAUUUUUGUCUCAUCGUCAAAGUCAAAAAUCGCUACUGAUGAGAGAUAUCUCAUGGGCAUUACAUUCUGAGAGCAAAACAUUAUUAUUAUCUAUGUUUGAUAGUAAUAUUAAUACAUGGAAACACGCAAAAGAAUAUAAGAUAGUUUAUUGGCUUAAAGAAGAUCAACUAACCAGUAAGUUUGAACAAAUAGCUAAAUUUGAAUUUUCUAAAGAAGAUAAAAGAGAUCCAAGUAGAUGUGCCGUAUUUUAUCUUGCUUUAAAGAAAAAGCAAAUUUUAUUAAGCCUCUGGAAGAUUAGUACAGGUCAUCCUGAACAGCAGAAAAUGAUCAAAUUUUUAAAUAAUGAUUUCACACAACAGAGAUGGAGAACAGCUGCUUUGAAGAAUGCUUUUGUGUUAUUAAGCAAGCAUAGAUACAUGGAUGCAGCUUGCUUCUUCUUGAUUGGUGACUCAUUAAAGGAUGCAGUGAAUGUACUUUGCAAACAAGUUGGAGAUAUAGAUUUGGCUAUUGGGGUCUGUAGAGUCUACGAAGGUGAUGAGGGAACAAUAUUAGGAACUUUACUAAAAACUCAUUUACUACCAACGGCUGUUUUAAAUAAUGAUAAAUGGACGACAAGUUUUAUAUAUUGGAAGCUAAGAAGACAAGAUAUUGCUAUUAAAUCCUUAAUUACAUCUGCAGUUGAUUUAGAAAAUAAUAGAGAAUUCGUGUCAGAUGAAAAGUUGGUCAAUAAGUCAUUUUUGGUAGAGGAUCCAGCAUUAUUAUAUCUAUAUCGACAUUUAAGGACGAAAAAUAUUAAAUAUUUCUUGGGUUCUUUGGAAUUGGGAUUAAAAAUAGAGUAUAAGGUUGUCCUUAGAAGUAUAGACAUUCUUUGCAGAAUGGGAUGUGAUUAUCUGGCAGCUUCAUUAGUGAAAAACUGGAAGUUUAUUGAAGAAUCAAAACAUACAGUGAUGAAGCCUCCUGAUAAUUCAUGGGCACAGACUUCCAUUAGUAGUUUUAAUAAAGAACCUAUUACCACUGUAAAGGUAAGACCAAGUCUUUUUGACAAAUUUGACAGUAUACAAAAUAACAAGAUAAUAAGUUCAACGAUGAGUAAUCAACAAUUAAAGUCGCCAAUUAAUCUGUUAGAUAAUUACAAUCAACUACCUACGCCUGCCAGUAGUAAUAGUUCAUCCAGAAAUAUUUUAGAUGAUUAUUUAUUACCUACUAAAUCGAAAAACCUUCUAGACGAGUAUGCGCCGUCAAAUAAACCUAAAAAUCCUUUGGAUAAUAUUUCAAAUCAGCUUGAUACAAAUACUUUUAGGAAAACUACACCACCAGCUACUGCACAUAGUAUUUCUACUGUCGAAUCUACUGUUUCCUCAGAAAAGAAGAAGGUAGCAGCAGCACCACGGAAUUUAUUGGAUGAUUUUAUGUAA